AUGCCCUCAUUAGUUAAUAAGGAUGAUAGUGAUGAAUCCUUGGUCUCUGAGAAUAGUCUCUCGAUAUUCAAUAUAUUUGAAUUAUUAGAUCCCUUAGCAUCUAAAGUUGCUGCAAGACAACUUCCAAUAUUUUCGAGAAGAUCUAAUGAUUCAAAUAAUAAAAAUGGGCAACCAAGUACAAGAUCAAAAUUGUAUAAGCAUUAUCAUGAUAAAGCUAAGAUACCGAUUGGUGAAUUAAGGCAAAAGAUAUUUAAAAGAAUAAAAGCAUUGGAUCAACCGUUGGAUUUGAUAUUUUUUAAGAAUCCAUCUACGAUUGAAAAACUUUUUUAUCCUUUUACAUUAUUUAACAUAUUUGUAAUUGGAUACCUAAUGGGUAAAUUUCCCGAAUGGUUUCACAUAUAUUAUUCUAUGAUGUUCAGUAUAUUGAUGCCAGUAAGAUUUUACACUUAUUACAAGACCCAAAAUCAUUAUUAUAUGGCUGAUCUUUGCUAUUUUGUCAACAUGAUGUGUCUUGCAUUUAUUUGGAUAAGACCUGAUUCAGUUAUGUUAUUUCAUUCCUGUUUUGCUUUCACAUUUGGAUCCUUAGCUUUUGCAGUGAUCACAUGGAGAAAUUCAUUAGUCUUACAUUCAAUCGAUAAAACCACUUCAUGUUUCAUACAUAUCAUGCCCCCUUGUACAAUGUAUAUCAUAUAUUAUGGUAUCUCAGAUACCUAUAAAUUGGAAAGAUUUCCAGGGGCAAGAAAGUCGAUAGAUUUGAAAACAAAUAUCUUAUGGACUUCCUUUUUCUAUUUAAUAUGGCAGUCGUUAUAUCAUUAUUUUAUUACAGUAAGACAAUCAUCAAAAAUUAAAGCCGGUAAAAGAAUGACAAGUUUUGAAUAUCUCACAACACAUCAAUUUAAAAAUUGGUGGGUUGUCAAAUUAAAUGAUCCUUGGCCUACAGUCAUUUAUAUUGUAUUACAAUAUUUCUAUCAGUUGAGCACGAUGCUCUUAUGCAGUAUAUGGUUGAGAUAUAAACUAGCUGCUUCUCUUUUUCUAAUGAUUGUCUUCCUUUGUGCCGCUCAUAAUGGUGCAACUUACUAUAUCGAUUAUUAUGGGAAAGCUUAUUUGGAUGAAGUGAAGAAACUUCGUGAAGAGGUAGAAAUAUUACAGCAAAAACUAGAUUCUGUAAAUGUAAAAGAAGGCAAUAUAACUCAGGAUGUCCAACUCCAACCAGAAUAUUUGAAUAUUGUAUACGACAGUAAUAACAAUCAAAGAAGUGACGUCUCAAUUAGAAGUCAAACAAGUAGUAUUCUUUCUCUAGGAGAUGAAAAAGAAGAUUAA